AUGAGUGCAUUUGCUAAAUUUUUUGAAACAAUAAGAAUUCAAAUUCAAAAAAGCAAAGAGCUUCAAGAUAAUGUAAAAUUAUUACAAGAUCAAGCAGGUCAAUUAGGCGAAUCUGAAUCAUUAAAGAAAGCCAAAGAAAUUUUUAUAAAAGCUAAAGAAGGCGCUGAAAGUACAACUACAACAGGUUCAGAGAAAAUUAAACAAUCUAUGAAUGUUAUUAAAAAAUCCACAGAAAAGAUUGGAAAUAGCAUAUCAGAUACACUCAAAGAAGUAGGAGAGGCGCAAUUUGUGAAAGAAAGCAAAGAAAAGAUAUCGACUUUUACAGAUAAAGUAUCUUCUACCACUGAACCAAUAAGACAAACAAAAGUGUAUACAAAUAUUCGAGAUACACUGAAAGAAACUGUAGGGGAUGAUAUGCCAUAUGGAGGAUUCGUUGAUAAAGAAACAAGACGAAAGAUUAAAGAAAAUACUGUUACAAACCCAGAUGGCACAAAUGUAAGAGCUGUUAAACCAGAUCCAGAAGAUUCUCCGUGGAAAGAAAGUUGGAAAAACUUUAAAGAAUCUAAUACAUUUUUUCAAGGUUUAUAUAAAAUGAAAAGAAAUUAUGAGGAUAGUGAUAAUAUUUUCAUUUCAUAUACAAGAGCUUUCACGGAUAGUGUUUCUGACACAUUUGGUUCAUUUUUUCAAGAGAACGAGACGGCACAAGCAAUUGCGCAAUUUAAAAUUAUCGAUCCACGAUUUAAUACUGAAAAUUUUUUGAAAGAAGCGAGAAAUUUUAUUAUACCAGAAAUAACAGAAGCCAAAUUAAAAGGAGAUAUUGAAACACUAGCAUUGUGGUUGCUUUCGCAUCAAUUAGAAGCAGAAAUUAAAGAAGGCCUAAUUAACGAUUCAAAAAUUUUAGAUAUUAGAGACGUAGAUAUAGCGACCGGGAAGGUCUUAGAUUUUGAUAUUCCAGUAUUAUAUCUUACAUAUAAUGUACAAGAAGUAAUUGUGUUUCGUGAUAGAGUAACUGGUGAAAUUAAAUAUGGUCGUGAAGAUAAAAUUGAACAGUCUACAUACAUUAUUGUGCUCACAAAGGAUGAAGAAAAAUUGUUCGAUCCCAUCACAACUGGAUGGAAAAUCAUAG